CUGAAACUGGCCGCCAUAUUGGAAUUAAUGUUAAAAACAAGAACCGCUAAUGCUAUAUUAAAAUGACUAAAAUGUCGAUGACGGUGUCUGUUUAUAAAAAAUCAUAGUUAAUGGUCGUAAUGGCUGGCGAGUUGCCUUCAUCUAAACUUGGGACUAUUGAACAGUAAGAAAAAUUAACCAAAAUAUAAACUUUUAAACAAUGUAUUAAAAUUUGUCAAGCUAUAAUACAGGGGGGAGUGUAUUUUUAAAUUUAUGUUCCUUUUUAUCGUUAUUAGUUGGAAUGAGGUUUAUGAAAAAGAACUAGCAGACUUUGAAGAUACUGGUGAUGAGGGAGAAAUAUGGUGAGUUUUCUUAAAGUUUAAUUCAAGUCAAUUGAGUAAAUGUAUGCAGAUGAGCAGAUCUGCUAAGGGGGUGGGUGGGGUGGGUAUAUCUGUUGGAGGGGGUACAUGAUGAAUCUAAUAAUGACACUCCUUUAAUGAAUCAAAAUAGAUAUAUAGUACACAGUAGAGCAUGUGUUUAUAACAAAUUUGCAAUGGUAUGCCAAAAUGAUGUGAUGUAUUUGGUUAGGUUUGGUGAGCAUACAUUGAAGAAGCUUGUUGGAUGGUUGGAGAACAAUAAAUGUGUUGGGAAAGAUUUCAAUGUGCUGGAUAUUGGGUGUGGAAAUGGCGUUACACUUGUUGAAAUGGUACGGUUCAACUUGACUAACCCUAUACUGGAUAACGCUUUUUUUUCUAAACAGUUCUUCCUAGAGUUCCAAUCAGGGCCACCCGUAUUGUUCUAGUGUUUCUAGUAAUUAGGAAACCAGCAUGCCUGGAAAAGACUUUCUGCAAACUGUUUUUUCACCUGCUGUUUUUUAGGCCAAAAGAGGUUUUGUGAACCUAACUGGAUGUGAUUAUUCAUUACAAGCUGUAGAACUGGCAAGGAAUAUUGCUAAAAGAGAAACUGUGAAAAUUGAUUACAUGGUAAGCAAAUAAGAUCAACUUUUUAUUCAUCAGGUAUGGAAACAUUAAUUAAAUUCCAUUCUUAAGGCCUGAUUUCUAGUGUGAUUUUCUUCUUUCUAUGCAUGUGAAUGAGUAUGAUGAGUUAUGAAUGUUCUGAGUGUUUUACCCUCAUCUCAAUAUUCACAACUCAUCCACUCGUUCACAUCCAUCACAAGAAGAAAAUUGCACCUAAAAUAGCAGCAAAAAUUACAAGUGUCAAUGGGCCUUUUUCGACUCCUUUAUAAUUCAUGAGUAAAACACAGUCAUUAUGAGGUUCAGAUUCUAACUUCCACUACUGCUACUAUUAACCAAUCAGAUGUGGAGUCAAUCCGUUAACCAAUCAGAUGCAUUGAGCCAACCCCAUUAACCAAUCAGAUACAUUGAGUCAACCCCAUUAACCAAUCAGAUGCAUUGAGUCAACCCCAUUAACCAAUCAGAUGCAUUGAGUCAACCCCAUUAACAAAUCAGAUGCAUUGAGUCAACCCCAUUAACCAAUCAGAUGCUUUGAGUCAACCCCAUUAACCAAUCAGAUGCAUUGAGCCAACCCCAUUAACCAAUCAGAUACAUUGAGUCAACCCCAUUAACCAAUCAGAUGCAUUGAGUCAACCCCGUUAACCAAUCAGAUGCAUUGAGUCAACCCCAUUAACCAAUCAGAUGCAUUGAGUCAACCCCAUUAACCAAUCAGAUGCAUUGAGUCAACCCCAUUAACCAAUCAGAUGCAUUGAGUCAACCCCAUUAACCAAUCAGAUGCAUUGAGUCAACCCCAUUAACCAAUCAGAUGCAUUGAGUCAACCCCAUUAACCAAUCAGAUGCAUUGAGUCAACCCCAUUAACCAAUCAGAUGCAUUGAGUCAACCCCAUUAACCAAUCAGAUGCAUUGAGUCAACCCCAUUAACCAAUCAGAUGCAUUGAGUCAACCCCAUUAACCAAUCAGAUGCUUUGAGUCAACCCCAUUAACCAAUCAGAUGCAUUGAAUCAACCCCAUUAACCAAUCAGAUGCAUUGAGUCAACCCCAUUAACCAAUCAAAUAAAGCCAGUGAGAGGCAUAUAGCAGCAGUGGUAGUAGUUAAGUCAAAUUGUGGAAUGAUACCACAGCAAUAAAAGUUCAUAAAUUAAAUACAACUUUUAUGUUGAAUUUCUCUUUAAAUACUACUUAGUUUGAGAAGUUUAAUCAUGCACUCAAAGUGGUGUCCUAAAGUGCAAAUUUCAAAUUUGUGCAGCGGAGAAAUGGAUGAAUUAUACAACUGAAAUAACGUUUCUUUAUACCUUAGGUUAUGGACAUUUUGGAUUUGGAAAACUCGGCAUUAAAAGAAAGACAUUUUGAUGUGUGUAUUGACAAGGGAACGUACGAUGCAAUAAGUUUAAACCCAGAGAAUUCAAAACAUUGUAGAGAACUUUACAAAAAAUCUCUUUGUCAACUUUUGAACACAAAUGGUGUAUUUGCAUUGGCUUCUUGUAACUGGACACUUGACGAACUGAAGGACUUCUUCAAAUCAGGUAAAAUUUUAACAAGUAUAUGAAGUAUAUAUUUCAUGGAAAAAAUGAUCGCGUUGUGCGCAUCUUUUGCGAAAAAUGCCGCUGCAUUUCCCCAGCAGUUAAAAUGUGUUCAUGUGGUCGGGAAUGUAAUUUAUUCGAGAAUUAUAUUCAUUUACUAAAACCAGAAUAGCGUGCGAAAACAUUUACCCAGUUGCCGAGAAGGAACGCACUUCAAAGAUCCGUUAGAAUGGUGAAUUUUGUUAAUUUUUAGAUUUUGAUUUGAUUGAAGAAUUACCAAGUCCUAAGUUUACGUUUGGCGGAGUGGCAGGGCAGAGUGUAACUUCUUGUAUUUGGAGAAAAAUAUCUUAAAACCAAUAAAUGUGUUGUCGCUAACACAGGUUGAUAACUUUAUGACAAACCGCCGAUCUCAGCAUUACUAGGAUCUUAGAUUAAUAUCAUAGUCAAUAAAUAACUUGUUGAAAAACAAGACUAUUGUCUUCGUGAGAGAAAACGUUCGUUACGUAAAGCUGAAACUUUUCUUACAACUUGAAAGAGCUCUAAACAGACUAAAGCCCUGUCUAACCUGUUAUGUAUAUAGAGGUCCAGUAAGGACCACUGACCAAUGUGACCGUAACUCUGGCAAUUUCAAAACCAGUUGAGACUAAUGAUUCUUCCGUCAACCUCUAAUACGCAAAUGGUUUUUCUUUACUUUUUGAAUAAGUAUUCGUUUAAGAAUCAUUUUCAUGACGAAUAAAGCA